AUGUCUCUCAAUGGGUUAGAUGAUCCCACUGUCAUCGAGGCCUACCAGUCUGCUCUUGCUGAAGCUGGUGGAUGGUUUUUGCUCAAGUAUGUCAGCCGUGAUACCGUCGCGCUCCUGGCCCGUGGAACGGGGGGAGUCACGGAGAUCAGAAUCACAAUCGAUGGUCAUGAGGAAACGUCCCCUCUUUACGGCUUUCUACAGUAUCGUCGGAGGAAAGUAAUAUUAAAAUAUGUCCCCGAGGGUAUUUCAAGGUUGAUCCAAGCUCGAAUCACUGUCCAAUUCCAGUCUAUAUUGGACAAGUUUUCCCCAAAUGACACUGUGUUCACCCUUGCCAUUUCGUCGGAGUUGACAGAGAGCGCACUCUCCUCCGCCUGUCUGCUCCACGCUGCUUCCGGUUCAAUGACUUCGUCGUCAAGCUCGCUUCGUCGUCGCAGAUUGGGUGAAAUUGCCGAAGAUGCAGAGGAAUGUGCUAGCCCUCGAGAAGAAACACAUGUUCACCCCGACAAUGGUCAUGGAAAUCGAAGGGAAAGUGUUUUCAGUGUGACUUCGGAUGCCACCGCUGUACCCAGCCACCAUCAGAACGUCCAGGAAUCGGUCGAUACCUCCAGAACCGAUACGCAGCGACCGCGGCAAUCUGACCGCUCGGAAUCUGUAGCCGAAAAGCCUUUGCCCACUGUUCCCCGAAGUCGCACUGAAAGCCAGUCAAGUGGUCAUGCGCAAAGGCAUUUCCUAGACUCCCUUACUCAUUCCCCCCCAGAUUCGCGCAAAUCUUCUCAGUCAACUAGACCGUCGCUGAAAGAUUUAGAUUCAAUAAGCUUGUAUCGCCCAAAGGUUAAGCUAGGCCCCCGGCCGUCAAUGGACCCUAGUGGACGACCACGAACUGCAGGAUCAAUAGGUAGAUCCAAUGAUACACGUCCAGUGGCAUCAUUACCUGCAGGCGUACGAAUGUCAACCCGAAAGAAUGGCGCCUCUGCCGGACGCCCCAAAUCCCAACCUGAUAUCCCGGUGCCACGUCUUCCUCCAUCAAUGGCUCCGCCUGUACCUCAUUUAUUGAUUCCUCCUCCACCACUUAACCUUAGGCCUAUGUCUAGACAUGCGCCAGGGUCUCCCAGAUCCGUUAUGAGCGUGCCAAGUUCACUUUCAAUAACCCCCGAAAAACAGAGGUUAAUGCGGGCACUGGAGUUACGAAAAAAGCAUAUGGAGAAAAGAGCUGAAACGAAGCAAGUAGUACAAAAAGUGGAUGUUAAGGGUAGCAAUGACAACAUUGAGAUUGUCCAAAUGCAAGUGACUUCGAAACUGGAACAGACUGAAUCUGCCUGCAUGGAAUCGGAUGCAAAGGCCCAACAACAACCCGCUCCUAGCUCCCAUCAACAGCAAUACCAGCCAUCUUUGAUUAUUGCCGAGGAGAAAAAACAGACACCCCCAUCGCCGGAUACGUCGAAUCCAGACUCAGCCGUAGACGUCGGAGCAAUAGAACCCAGAACCACUGAAUCUGCAUCUCCCUCUGUCUCUGUUACGAGUACCGUUUCGUGUGAGGUAGAGGAAAAUCAUUCCUCCCCUAAGAUCUCCGCUACUGCUCCGGAUUCCUCAAAGGACGUUGACAAGGAUGAGGCUUUAGAGGCGUCGGGAGCUAGCCAGGUUGAGCCACAAAUUGUGGGGACCGAUUCGGCCACCGACACACAACAACAAACAAAGAAUAAUGACGAGAUUGAAUUAAAACAAGAUACAAAGACAUCAGAUUCCCCAACGGGAGAUCUUAAAGUCUCUGUAAUUGGUGUUCCAUCUGAUAUCUCUUCCCCGAAUGCUACCCCUAGAGCAAUCCCACGAGAUUCUCAAGCUUCACCACCUCAAACACCGGAAAUGAACCCGACACACAUACCCCAAGAACCUGCACGAUCUACCACCCUUGCCGCAUCGCCGACCUCACUAAUAUCCGUAGAAAAUCUAUCCGUGAAAUCAACUUCCGUCGCUAGCGGCAACGACAUGCCAAAAUCCGACGACUGUUCCGAGAAAGAGUCAUCUAAAGUUACACUCAAGAGCAGGCGUAAAGGGCUUGUGGAUCCUAUCCAUAUUGCAACUCAGUUCGAUCAAUUGGACGAGGAUAACCUCUUGUCCGACGACUCGUUUAUGGAUGAAUUGGGAAGCGCUACAUUUCAAGAAGCCAAGCCAAUCGCAGUUCCGAAGACGCCAAGCACUGCCAUGUUUGCUCAGAAUGGAGAUUUGGACGCGGCCGCGGAUUGGAGGAACUCAAGAGUAGUUUCCAGCCCAAUUAAUGCCAAAAGUACUGGAUCAGAUGUGCAAGCACUCCCCAUUGGCAGAUCUGCUUCCGGAUCCUUCCUCGAAAGCCAAAAAGCUGUCCCUGUGCUUGUCGCAAAAAAAGUAAAUGUCUCUUCCGGAAUCUCAAAACGGAUCAAGGCUUUAGAAAUGUUUUCUAGCCGCGAAGGUCAACCGCCCCUGGCGCCGCAGCCUCCUCCAUCAACAAGCACGUCGUCAUCCCCAUUUGAAAAAUUCCGCAAACGGGCUUCGAUAUCCCAAUCUAGCCUACCUCCUGCUCCUGUGCUCCUGAGCAAGUCGCCAUCCUACACAUCAGCUUCGCCUUCAGAAAGCCGAGCUUUAUCCCCCAAUCCCCCGAAACGGACUGACAACCAAUCAAUUAAUACUCAAACCCGAGGAAAAUCAAAUUCGGUCUCAGUGACAGCCCGCAUCAUCCGAGAUCCAACCGUACCUCCCAAUGAACCUCCAGCUGACCCCUCGGAACUCGGUAUCCUCAAUCUACAGCGCAGCCCCCUUAUUGUUGAGAGCGAUGCACCCCGAUCCCCUCGUCGCCCUUCCACUUCAACUGUCACCCGGCCAGAGAAACGUAGCCUGUCUACUUCAUCUAGCACUGGAUCAGGGCGCUUAUCUACCAGCCGGGGCGUACUUCGUUCCGAUUCUAUCUCGGGUGGGAUGCCCGCCUCGUCUCGGUCUCGACAUGAGGCAAAUAGUCCACACGCUUCAUCUGAAGUCUCGUACAACCCUCUUGACCGAGUCGAUGAAACAAAGGAGGAGAAAAAACAGUCUAGGAAAUCACGCAUUAUUCGGCGCAUGUCAUCAAUUACCUCAAAUUCUCGACGGGGUAUAAUAAACGCGUUAAGCCCGACCUUGAAGGAGGAAUCACAGCUGCCUUCGCUGGCCGAUGAAGGCAGUACCCCUGAGCCUCCUCAGGUAGUUGAUAUUGGCGAGGUCAAUGUUCAGUUUCCAGACACAUUGCUCUGGAAACGAAGAUUCAUGCGCAUCGAUGACCAAGGCUAUCUCAUUCUAACUCCUGGUACCAUUGAUGGGACUCCUCGCAAUAUUGUCAAGAGGUAUCAUCUCUCGGAGUUCCGGGCCCCAUUCUUGCCGGAUCAAGAUAGACAGGAACUGCCAAACAGCAUCGUGCUAGACUUCCUGGAUGGUAGUACCUUGCAAUUCCUCUUGGAAGCCCACCAGGCUUACGAACAGCUAUUUCCUAAACAGUAA